AUGCAAUCUAUAACCUUGAUGGGGACCAACAGCACCAACAGUACCAACGAUAAUCUAAAGCAAGAUGAAAGUGGUAAAGCCACGGUGGUCGGAUGGUCUAAGACUCCUCACUUCGUACUUCCCCCAAAUGAUUGGGAACCAAGUGAUUGUGAUGAUGUAUAUUUUCAUGGCCCUUUCAUGGAUUUCGGAGCUUUCGUCAGCGUGUCAUAG